AAGAACACUAAAACUACACACCUCCCUACAAAAGUUCCCAAACACACAAAAAAAAACACAAAUCAAACCAAAGCCAUCCCUUUUACACACAGUUGAAUCAAGAAACAAAGUUUCCAUGAAUGCAUGAAUGAGCCCUUUCUCUCUUCCUUAAUCCAAAAUCUAAAAACAACCCAUUUCCACCAUGUCCACACCACAAUCAGAAAAACAAGCUCUUUUUAUUACCUCACUCAUCAUUUUCUGGUAUUCUUCAAACAUUGGUGUCCUUCUUCUCAACAAAUUAUUACUUUCAAAUUAUGGUUUCUCUUUCCCAAUCUUCCUUACUAUGUGUCAUAUGUCUGCUUGUGCUGUUCUUAGCUAUGUUUCAAUUGUUUUCUUAAAGAUUGUACCUUUUCAGAGGAUUAAAUCAAGAUCUCAAUUUUUGAGAAUUUCUACACUUAGCCUUGUGUUUUGUGGGUCUGUUGUUGGUGGUAAUAUUUCUUUAAGGUAUUUACCUGUUUCAUUCAAUCAAGCUGUGGGUGCUACCACCCCCUUUUUCACUGCAUUGUUUGCUUAUAUCAUCACCAUGAAGAGGGAAGCUUGGCUUACCUAUGGUUGUCUUGUUCCUGUUGUUGCUGGUGUUGUCAUUGCAAGCGGGGGGGAACCUAAUUUCCACCUUUAUGGAUUCAUUAUGUGUAUAGGUGCAACUGCUGCACGUGCGUUUAAGUCUGUUCUUCAAGGUGUUCUUCUUUCCUCUGAAGGGGAAAAAUUGAACUCCAUGAACCUGCUGCUUUACAUGUCACCAAUUGCUGUUCUAGUUUUAAUGCCCGCGGCAAUCAUAAUGGAGCCCAAUGUGAUGGCUGUCACUGCAACACUUGCAACGGAACAUAGAUACCUUGGCCUACUUAUUUUGGUCAAUUCUGCAAUGGCAUAUGGAGCCAAUUUGUUGAACUUUUUGGUGACAAAGCAUACCAGUGCAUUGACACUCCAGGUCCUAGGAAACGCUAAAGGUGCUGUGGCUGUUGUUAUAUCGAUACUUCUUUUCCGAAACCCUGUAACUUUUACUGGAAUUGCGGGCUAUACAUUGACUGUGAUGGGGGUUGUUGCUUACGGAGAAGCCAAAAGAAGACACAAAUGAGCUGUGAGAUUCGGCCUUUGUUUCUUCUCCAACGAAGCCCCAUACUUUUGUUUUCUUUAAGUUAAGAGACAUAUACUGUAGACCGAAGAUAAAACGGAUUUCACUGCUACAUUGUAGGUUGUAGCGCAUAGACAUACAGAGAGGAAAUAGAAAAAAAGGGGCAGCUGCUAAAAAUCGUUGUUUUAGACGAUGAAUAUAUAGAAAAAUUAUUCAGUUCUAGCUGUUCAGCCCGGGAAAUGUUCCUGUUCAUUACUUGUAUUCUUUACAUCAAGACGAUAGGAUGUAUGCAUCUGUAUCUGACUCUGAUGUUGAUAUAUUAAAAGUAAUUUAAUGUCUUAUUCGCCAUCCUGUUGCGUUUGUGCUAUGUUAUAUUUCCAUUUACUCAAAAAAAUUCUAUCUAUGACGAGAUUUCUAGGCUUGCAUUUGUGCUUUGAAGUAAACUUUGAUGAUGAUGUCUUGACAUGUGAACUAAAACUAAGUUUUUUUGAGAAAAUCUCGAAACACAGUCUGAAACUCGGCGGAGAAUGGGCCCCUAUCUCUAUCUUUCUCCACUCAAAUAUCAAGAUUUUGCAUGUGGUAUAGCACGAACCUAUGAAGGUGUUAUCAGAACAAUUUUGUUAUCUACGAUUGUAAUGCAUUGGUGGAACUGCUCUAUUCUUAACCAGAGGUCUCAUUUUCAAGUCCUGACUACGGAGAAAAUCGUGUUGAGAGCGCCACCUCCGAAUGGGCCUGCAGAGCGCAAUCCCAAUCAAGUUGAGGCUCCAAUAUGCAAGCUCCAAACACUAGGUGGUAAAAACAAAAAAAAAAGAAUUGGGAAUUGGGAAUGGUUUUUGGUGGGAAAACAAAUACGUGAGAUGUGAAGAUAACACGCAAUUUCAACAUAUAUAAACAUGUCUUGAACUCUACAAGGACUUGAUGACAAUUGAGAUAUCUCAGUCAUCCAGAGAUUUCGGAUUCGAGUUAUUAUAAUGAAUAACAUUUCAACAAGGAGUGUAAAACACCCUUUGUAGAAGAGCCUAUUCAGCAUGAUUCCACAUUAAUUUUUUUCAAUAGUACCAAAUAUUGAAAAACUAAGUUUCAUGCAAUAUGAAGUUCAACAAAAACGAACAUCUAUAGGUAAACGAAGGGAAAUGCAUUCCAACCAUAUUGAAUCUCAAGUUAUUCAAGCCUCAAGAACGGAAAAAAUCAGAUAGUUGAACCAAAAGAAAGAAAAAGAAGAUUAAGUGGAAUGACAAAGUAAUAAUGUAUUAGAGAAAGUUUGGAGAUGAACAAUGAACAAGGCAAACAAAAGUUCAAAUAGAGUAGAAGUUUGUAAAAAUAUAACAGUAAAUCUAUGACAUCGAAAGAUCAACCAACACGAGUCUCUCAGUAAGCCAAAGGUUAUUAUGAGGUUUGGACAUUCCUCAGAUAUCAGUUGUUCCAUCUUGUAAACACUUGCAGAGCAUUCAGUAACGAAAGCUAAAGUUUCAAAAUCUGGUCUUAUCAGGAAUAUUCUCUUCACAAACCAAAAAGAAAGAAGAGCUUUUCCAUCAAACACCUGUUCAGAAAGAGAGACGAGAAUCGACAAAGAAAUUUCAAGUGCAACUUGGUGGUUAGAUGGUGAAAUUAGCUGUUUUUUAGUCUGCAUUUUGUAUUUUCUCUCCAUUUGUUUUAAUUCCUUCUUACCUCAAAAAGUCUUCGUAGUAAUCGAAAAUGAACUUUUUUCCAAGCAAGACAUUCUCUAUUGCAUUUGAUUACCUCACUCUUACGCAAGUUCUGGACCACCUGGGAGCAGAUCAUAACCAUCAUGGUGCUUAGGAGUUUCCUUUUCGACUGGGAUCAACUUCAAAAUGACAGCAACGAUCAAGCUUACAGCGCCAAUUGAGACACUGAGCAGCCAUAGUUGCCAGCUAAGUGGUGUAGUACUGGCAAAAGUGCCUAAGAACUCAACGAUGAUAACUUGGAAAACAACUGUAGCAACCAUGACACCUAUGAAAAUCCAGCUGCCAAAAAUGCCACGGAAAAUGUUUAUCUUCUCCAUGUCACGGCUGUUUAUUUCAUUGAAAACCUG